AGUGCAGCAGUAACGUUGUUAUUACGCUCCGAUGGUGAAUUUUUCUUUUAUUUUUCCUACGACGGUGAUAUUUUUUUCUUUUCCCAUUAAACAAGGUAUAUUUUAAUCAUAUACCUUGCAUUAAAUACUACCGAUUUUUAUACGAUUUAUAGCUAACAAAAUAAAUUGCUACUUGUAAUAGUUUAAAGUGAAAUGUUAAAAGUGUAAAUUACGGCAGCAGCAGUGUAGCGAACAGAACAAGGCGACAACAUAGCUAAAAGUUCCAAAGGAAAUCGUGGAGACCCCGGACAUCCUAGUGCUAGAGCACAGUGAAAAUGGCAUCUCGUGGUGGACCGAUGGUGGCUGGCUCUGAUGGAGCUGACUACGAAUACAGGCAGCGCGUGGCAGCACCACAUCAUAUUAGUUUGCUGAAUAAAUCACGCCUGAGAUGUUGUAUCUUCUUUCAUGCACUACUUUCUUUCGUAAUGAUGGCCAAGCUGACUUCCGAUAUAUUGGAUCGUCUGGAUAUUUUUGUUCUAGAAAUCGAAGAGCUUGAAGUGCCAACACCGCUGUGGUGGGAAUACAUUUGGUUAUCGUCUCUAUUGACGUCCUUCAUUGGCUUGACGGCGGCGCGGGGCAAUAAAGUGCGCGAAAUGCAGAAAUAUAUGAUAGCCAUUGUCGUUUUUGGCGUUCUACCGCUUAUCUACUGCAUGGCCUAUUAUUUUAGCGAUGUGUUGGACUACAUUAGGCUCGAUGAGAAAACCGAUAUUGACGAAACGGAUAUUUUCUUAUGGCGUGGUCUCCCUUACGGUUUAUUAUGGUAUGCCUUCUGCCUUGUUGCUUCGCAAGUUCAUGGAUUCACAUUGUUCUUUGCUUAUAAUUGCAUCCAAGCAUGGCGUGCCCGCAGCGCUGCCAGGAAGUAUCAGUGAUUCGAAGCACGCGAAAGCAAAUUUUAUUUGCCAUGAGGAAGCUGCGACCAGCGUCAGCUUAUGCAGACGGUCAAAUGAUGUCUGAUCACUAAAAGUUUAUGCCAUCGAAUUCAUGUCCUUCUCAUUCUGAGGUUAAAAACAAAUUCCUGCAGCAUUUUUAAUCAUCCCUGGUUAUUGGUAUUUUUUUUUAAUUUUCGGUGCAAUAUUUUAGUAUUUGCGGUUAUUUCAAUAAAGUCCAUCCCAUAGGUUUGGUGCCUAAAUGUGUUAUAACGCUUCAUGAAAGAUGGUAAAAAUAUAUGAACUUCAUCAGUUACUACACCACUGGAGCCCAACAUAUGUCGUAUUUUAUUUAUUUUAUUAUAGUACCCCGAAGUAAUUUUGAUCAGCUCUCGAUCAUCUGCACCACAUGCAAAUCCAUCGAAAAACCAAAACAAAAAAACUUAUUUACUGUUGGCAAGCACUAAAAAAUCGAAUCAAGAAAAUUACAUUAUCGAUUUAUGUACUUGAAAAUGAUUGUGCAUUCACAUAGCGUAUACAAUAUGCAUGUGGGUGGCAAUUAGAGCAGUCGACCACCAAAACUGCGCCAAAAUUGGCAUGUUUAAAUACUUGUAUUUACAUGCAUUACUUAAUUGCAUAGCGAUGUAUGUAUGUGCAAAUUUGUAAAAAGAAUUACUUUAAAGAGACUUUUAGCGGCAAAUAAAUACCACAUAAAACUUAAGAACAAAUGAUUUUAGGGAGUUUCAAUUGAUAUCAAAAUUAAAGCUGGCAGGAAUUUGUUUCUGCAUUGAAAGUCUCUUCUAAAAGAAAAUUAGACUAGGACUGUUAAAUAUUUGUAAACGUUAGCAUACGAAUCUUAAAGAAUUUUAACUAAACACAAACUUCUAACAAAUGACUGCUCUCUAAAAACCAAUUAAAUUUGAUUUAAAUAGUGCUAUUAAAUUAUAAAUGCAUAAUGUAAUAUUAUUGGAGCACAAUUCAAGCACGCGCGUUGUUUCAAUGUGUCUCUUGAUUUGUGAAUUGAUUUCUGUUUGUACAACGAAAAGAUACUGGUCAUUAAACAAACAAAAAACACGAAAAAUACUCGCAACACUACGUUUUAAUUUAUAUUUUUUAGUGUUUAAUAGUUCCUUUGCGAAGCACAUGUACGCAAUUUGGCACACACAUGCAUUAUUAUUUUCUAUGUAUAAAACACUGAACUGCCUACCAUCAUAUGUUCCAAUCAAUGGGCAUUAAGUAUUUUUUGUACUAUAUAUUUGUGGUCUAAGAUACCAACUGUUCAUUUAGGGAAUAGGUACGCUUGUACUUACAAAAAAAACAAAUAUAGUAGAAACUUGAGAAAUGAAGAAAAAGAAAUGGAAAAAGAAAAAGGAAAGUGUGCUGAAAUUGUUUAUAAAGAAAAGUUGUAUAAUAGAAAUGGAAAGUUCUUAGUUGCAUUGCCUAUUUUUGUAAGAAACUGUUGUAAUGCCAUUUAAAUUAAUAUUAAAACCAAACAUUUUUUAAUAAAAAUACUACGUUCUGAGUGGGUUAAAGGCA